AUGCCCAAAAAGCCCCAAUUUCUUCCAGCCAACCGACAAGAAGAACUCUCCAAACUCUACAAAGACGCAGUCAUCGGCAAACGAUUCGGAAUGGGAAUUCUUCGAACGCUCUGCUCGAUUCGAACGUUUGUCACAUUGAUUAUCGAUGGAAAAUCCUCAAAAGUAUUGAAGAAAUUCGCUGUUAAAGGUCCAUCCAACGACAAGGCGUGCAUAGCACUUCAACAACUGCUUCGCCAGGAGGAUCCCUCGGAAAUGAACAGGAAAAAGACGGAAUUUGCGAAUGGAUUUAUGACCUUCGUGUGCGUUCGAAACGAGCCCGUCGCUGCUCCUCAAUGCUCUCUUGGCAUGUCAACGACGACAUUCAAAAUGGAGAUGAGCAAUGAGCAAAUGCUUUCAUUCACCAAGACCACGCCCACUUUUCAUUGUUGCUUCCGAACGAAUGUCGAUGAGAGAGGAGUUCUCGUGUUGAUUGAGGCCCAAAAUGGUCAUUUUUGA